AUGGAGGAGGAACACGCACACAUGCCCAACAGCCAGUUUGAACUCUUGAGCAUGUCUGGACAGAAAACACAGUUUGACCUCCUGAGGAGCGCCCGUCAGGAGGCUGAGUGGGACAUCUUCUCUUUAGAAAAACCCACUAUGAGGCCCUGGGACGCCUGCCGAGAGGUUCCCGUCAUUGAGGAUGAACAGACGCCGUGGAAACUGCUCAAACUACUGAAGUUCAUCUCUUUGAUCGUGGUUGCCGUCUUUGUGUUCGGGUUGGCAUUGUGUAGCAAGAUUUUGUUCAUGGAGUUUCUGGCGUCAGCUGGUGCAGCAAUCCUCACGAUUGUUGCCAUGCCUCACUUUGAUAUUGUGACUAACAUCACAAUACUGAACGGUGUAGGUAUCUUCUCCACGCUUCUGCAAGUGGUCGCUCAGUGCUAUGCCAAAGAAAGGAACCGUUUCUUGGUGCCAUCCAUCACUGCCUUUAUCUUCCUUCUUCUUGGUUAUGUGCUGUUUGUUGCCUUAUACAUCAUUAAAGCUCCUACUGAUACCAAGAUGGCCACUUGGGUGGGGCUGGCUGUUGGCGGAUCCUUAUUGUUGUCGUUGAACUGGUGGGAAAAUUACUUCAGGCUGAUUUGCGAGAGCAGCAACUCCAUCCUUCUCAAGAAUGUGUGUCGAGACAUGAGAAAUUGCAGCAAUACACUACACAUCUUCUCCAGCCUGCUCAGGAUCGCGGUGACUGCUUGCGUCCUUGGCGCUUAUGUUCCUCUGGGCGAAAUGGACUGGAACAUUGUGAACUCCAUCCCAAGCCGUGAGACAAGAAUCAUAGCCAUCACUGUGGGCGUCCAGCUGACCUCCUCAGCUCUCUGCCACUGGUUUUCUUUAACGGCUUGCAAGAUGCACGCACUCCGACGUUGCUUCAUCCUGCCUCUGUACCUGGCCUCUCUGGCCGUCAUGGCUCUGUUCGUCAUCCCUACAGUGGUGGACGGAAGGACCCUGAACCAGGAUGGCAGCGUGUUCCCCGAGCUGGUUCUGGACGUCACACACACUCUGUGCUUCCUGGACAUGUCCAGGAUCACUGACAUCGGCUUACUAGCAGGCUUGGCAGUGUCCUGGUGGCUGGGCCUCAUAUUGGGCACCCUUCAUCUCUGGUACCUCAAUGUCUAUCGUAUUCAGAGGACCCAAGACUUGUUCAUCAGGAGGCUGUACGAGGGAGCUUUUAUUGAACAGUCGCUGCUCCUCAACACACGAUUUGACAUCCAGACUGGACACAGGGUCAAGAGAAAUUUUGAAACAGUGAUGAUAUACCUGUGUGCAACAAUGUGGCAUGAGACCUACGAGGAGAUGAUGAACGUUGUAAUCUCAAUUUUCCGACUGGAUAAGUACAGGUCGAAGAAGCAACCCAGAGUCAACGAUUUCAUCUUUGAGGCCCAUAUUUUCGUUGACGAUGCAUUCAUAGAUGUUGAGGGGAGUCAGGGACGUCACCUCAACCAAUACGCUGAGAACCUUGUGAAAAUCAUCAAAGAGGUUUAUGGCAUCUUCAUGGGCCUGGAUGAAAAACUAUUUAGAACAAAACAUCAGGUCCCUGCUCAGAAGAUCAUCAGAACGCCUUACGGAGGUCGCCUUGCCGUCACCAUGCCUGAUGGAAACAGCAUCAUUGUUCACUUCAAGGAUAAAAACAUCGUCCGCCCCAAGAAGAGGUGGUCUCAGGUGAUGUAUCUUUAUUAUCUUCUGGGCUGGAAACUCAUGGCCAAAUAUUAUUUACGAACUGAUGAAACUUGCCUUUUAUUGCAGAGAGAGAAGCGCAACAGCUACAUCCUUGUUUCAGAUGGGGACACAGACUUCCAGCCAGCUGCCGUCAUGCUGCUCAUUGACCGCCUCAGAAUGUACCCUAAUGUUGGGGCAGCGUGUGGAAGAAUUCACCCCACCGGAUCAGGUCCUGCAGUUUGGUUCCAGAAGUUUGAGUAUGCAAUCAGUCACUGGCUCCAGAAGACAGCGGAGCAUGUGUUUGGUUGCGUGCUUUGCAGUCCCGGUUGUUUCAGUCUUUUUAGAGCUGAGGCAUUGAUGGAUGAGAACGUGAUGAAGAAAUAUGCCAUGGAGUCCAAGCAGGCCAGCCACUACAUUCAGUACGACCAAGGUGAGGACCGCUGGCUGUGUACUCUGUUACUGAAGCAGGGAUGGAGAGUGGAGUACAACGCGGCAUCUGAUGCUUACACCAAUGCACCGGUGGACUUCAAAGAACUCUACAACCAGCGCAGACGAUGGGGACCAUCCACGCUGGCCAUUUCAGAUCUGCUCGGCUCCUCCACCAGCAUUUCCAAGAAGAACUCGUCCAUGUCCAAACCCUACAUGUUCUACCAGCUCUUCACCAUCAUCUCAGUGAUCAUGUCGCCUGCCACCAUUUGUCUCCUGAUUGCAAGCAAUUUGAGAUUUAUCUUCAACAUCAAUGGCUCAGGAGCUCUGAUUUUAGCUGCCAUACCGCCGGCUAUCUACCUUGUUCUUUGCUUCAAGCUGAAGGCAGACACUCAGGUCACUGUUGCAGCCUUCCUGAGUGUUCUGUAUGCCUUCCUUAUGCUAGUAGUGGUCAUGUCCAUCAUUGGAACUAUGGUGAAGGACCGAACGAUUCUGACACCCAGCAGCAUUUUUAUCAUUGCCAUGGCCAUCAUCUACAUAAUCACUGCCAUCAUGCAUCCUCAGGAAUUCCCAUUGCUAUCCUACAGCAUUAUCUACAUUUUCAGCAUCCCGAGCGCCUACCUUCUGCUCAUCAUCUACUCCAUAGUCAACAUGAACAAUGUUUCAUGGGGCACCAGAGAGAGCAACUCUGCCACCGGAGCACCUGUAACACUAAAAACAACGGCGCAGAAAGCCUGGCUCACACAGUUAAGGAGUGUGUCCGGAGACAUGGAACUGGAGGAGGACUACCUUGAUGAGGACGAGGAGCAGUUCUGGUGGGAAUUACAGGAAAAGUACCUGCAGCCUCUGCCCUACGACGAAAGAAGCAGCAGGAGAUGGCCGAUGGCCUUCGAGAUCUGCGGACAAAAUCACCUUGUCCUCUUCUUCUUGAAUUCGCUGUGGCUGGUCGCGGCUUUCACGCUUCAAACCUUCGAAAGAAACUUGUCCAUUCAGAUUCCCAUGGUCGACCUCAAUCUGGAGUAUACGGAUCGCUUCAUUGUGAUCGAUCCCAUUGCCCUGAUGUUCAUUCUGGGAUUUGCUCUGACAGUUCUGAUUCAGUUCUUUGCCAUGCUAUACCACAGAAUCAGCACACUGAUCCAUUAUGUGGCUUUUCUGGACACUGAACCGAAAGAGCAGAAAAUGGUGAUAACGACACAAUAUUCACCAGGUCAAAAGGAUGACUCAGCCUCCAACGCAGAUUCGAGCUCUCAGGUGACCACUGAGUUUGAGGACAGCGACGAAGAGCUGUACAUCAGAGGACCCGACGGAGGAACUCCUGUCUGA